AGCAGUCAGCUGGAGGUGCUCGGGGAGGUUUGUCUAUCAGUUUUGCUUUUGGCUCUACUUUACUGAAUUAUGCUGUCGAAGGACAAGAAAGGGGAAUCCAUCUGUAUCUGGGUCCGAGACCCCCAAAUACAGAAAGAAGACUGGCAUUCUUAUCUGGAUUAUGAAAUCUGCAUUCACACAAACAGCAUGUGCUUUACAGUGAAAACCUCGCGAGUGAGAAGGAGAUUCCGAGAAUUUGUUUGGCUACGUCAGAAGCUUCAGAGUAAUGCCGUGUUAAUUGAUCUGCCAGAAUUGCCACCUAAAAUCCCAUUCUUCAACAUCAGUAACACACAGACUGUGGAACAGCGCGCCCGUGGCUUGCAAGAGUUCCUAAAUAAGGUGGUACAGUGCUCGCUAUUACUCUCGGACAGCCGACUCCACCUUUUCCUACAAACUCAGCUCACUCUGGAAGAAAUAGAAGCCUGUGCAUCCGGACAGACCGAAUACUCGGUGGCUGAAGCCAUCCACAAAUUUGCCAAAUCAAACCGGCGGUUUCCUGAGGAGGAGGAAGAACAAACAAGUUGUAACUUGGCUCCUGAGAGUUCCUCCGUGCUCGGACACCCAAAUGGCGCCUGUUUUCCACGAGGCUGCAAACCCAGCAGAGAACCUAGAGACACCUGGACUACUGUCUUGGCUCCAUCACCUUCAAAGUAGACUUCUGUUCCCCUGCCGUACAGACCCCGAAGUGCAAUUUUUUUUUGGGUUUACUG